AUGAGGGCUGCUGUUAUUCCCACAAAUGAUGGCAAUUCCCUGCAAUUUUACUGGCAAAUUAUUGAUCGGAAAGUUCAAUAUUAUGUGUAUUGCCAUUUUUUGGAUGUUGAAGUCAAAGAAGGUAACCAAAGUAGAGAGAUGAACAUCUUUGCGAAUGGAAAGCUUUGGUAUGGGCCUUUUAUUCCCAAUUCCUCCUACACAACAAUAGUGGUUAUUGAUGAUCCCUCGGUUGAAAAUACAAUCAAGGUCUCAAUCAACCAAACCGAGAAUUCAACUCAACUGCCCAUUCUCAACGCUCUUGAGAUAUAUACUACAAAAGAAUUCCCACAAUUGUUAGCUGAUCAACAAGAUGUUGAUGCAAUCCUGAAGAUAAAGGCAAUAUAUGGAGUGAAAAGAAAUUGGCAAGGAGAUCCAUGUGCCCCUAAAGCUUAUUUGUGGCAAGGUCUUAAUUGCAGCUACAAUGAAUAUAAACCACCAAGGAUCAUAUCCCUAAACCUAAGUAGGAACAAACUCAAAGGUUCAGUUCCAACCAGACUCAUGGAGAAAAUGGAAAAAGGUUUGCUGUCACUAAGAAGACAAAUGGUGGUUAUCAUUUAUUAUAGUAGGAGUAGCUCUACUGGUUCCCCUGUUCUGCUACUUAUGCUGUUUGAUAUGGAGAAUACGCAAGUGGAGAACAUAAAGAACCAAGAGAAGCUAUUACGUGAAUUUGGAGACAAUUUGUCACCUUCAUCAGCAGACGGCAAACGCAUAACAGAAGACAAAAAUGGCAAUAUCAAGCAUGAACUCAAUAUAUUUAAGUUUCAAACCAUCGUUGCUGCUACAAACAAUUUCUCAACUACAAAUGUGCUUGGGAAGGGUGGUUUUGGUGCAGUUUACAAGGGGAUAUUACUUGACGGGCAAGAAAUACCAAAAAAGAGACUCUCAAAAAGUUCUAACCAAGGAAUAGAAGAGUUCCAAAAUGAAGCAAAGCUUAUUGCAAAACUCCAGCAUACUAAUCUUGUUAGACUUUUAGGGUGUUCUCUGCAGGCAGAAGAAAGGAUUUUAAUCUAUGAGUACAUUCCAAACAAAAGCUUGGAUUUCUUCAUUUUCGAUUCUCAUAGAAAGAAACUGUUAAACUGGAAGAUACGAUUCAACAUAAUUGAAGAAGUUGCUCAAGGACUUAUUUAUCUACACAAAUACUCUAGAUUAAGAGUAAUUCACAGAGACUUGAAAGUUGCCAACAUUUUAUUAGAUGAUCAAAUGAAUCCAAAAAUAUAUGAUUUUGGUAUAGCUAGAAUCUUUGGGGUGAAUGAAUCUAUAGCAAAUACAAAUAGAAUUGUUGGGACAUAUGGCUAUAUGUCUCCGAAGUAUGCCAUGAAUGGCAUUGUGUCAAUUAAAAUUGAUGUAUAUAAUUUUGGAGUUUUAGUACUAGAAAUUGUGAGUGGCAAGAAGAACAAUGGCUGCUAUCACACAGAACAUCCACUCAAUCUCAAUCUUGUGGGAUAUACAUGGCAGCUAUGGAAUGAAGGUAAAGGCUUGGAGCUAAUGGAUCCAACAAUGGAUGAAUCUUGCUCUCCUGAUGAAGUAUUAGAUGCCUACAUGUGGGUCUCCUAUGUGCACAAGACUAGGCAAUUGAAAGACCCACAAUGGCAAAAGUUGUUUCCAUGCUCACAAAUGAAGCAAUUCUUGUACCUGCACGAAAACAACUAG